UGUAGUUGCUCGUGGUGCUCGGGACGCGUCACAGUCACCGCGGAAUAAAUACGUCAUCCGGCUGCUCGGACAAGACGACUGCGCAGACGACUUGAACGCUAAAACAACAUUCCCCUCCAGCACCAUGGAGCACAGAGGAAUAUCGCUGGCAUCUUCUCGCCGUGUGGACACGAUAUCUGCGUCAGCUCAAGUCAAGACAGCCUCCAAUUCCACCGCAGCUUUCCACUGAAAAAAAGACACCGAGGCGGACUUGAACGCGUCGCGUCCAAACGGACCGAAGAUUCCAAGUGAUGGAGACGUCUACAUCUCCUGAAGCUUCAACCCCAGGGCCGGUUGUCCCACAACAGACUGUGAGAUCGCAGGCACUAUCUCAUGUCCCCUCACGCAGUCUGCUGGAGUGGCGACGGAGAGUCAAGUCAGAGUACAUGCGCCUUCGCCAACUGAAACGCCUUAAGAAAGCUGAGGAGGUCAAGUCCUUGUUCAUGUCAAACAGACAGAAAAUUGAGCAGCAGAAGAACAUCCUGAAUGAAGAGUGGUCCAAGCUGAGGGUUCAGUCCAUCCCGCUGUCGACACUUAGUGGAGCCAUGGCCAGUAAGAAGAUGUGCACCGUGAGCUUCGGCUUUCCGGCUUUUAAGGCGCAAGCUAUCGCCAUGAGACCCCUGUCGACUGUGGCAGGAAUCCCCUUCAUGUACUCCUGGUCACCACUGCAGCACAACUUCAUGGUUGAAGACGAGACUUUCCUUCACAACAUCCCCUACAUGGGUGACGAGGUGCUGGAGCAGGACGAGGCCUUUCUCGAGGAACUUAUCGACAACUACGAUGGCGUGCACGGCGACAGAGAGGGAGGAUUCAUCAGCGAUGAGAUCUUUAAAGAACUGGUGGAGGCGUUAAGUCAAUACUCUGACCAUGAAGAUGAGGAGGAUGAAGAAGCAGCAGCAGAGGUUACUAAGAAAGAGGAUGAAAGAUCAAUGAGGAAAAGCUCGGUGGAAGGGUCAGAGGAGGUGAAACCUGGGCCUGUGGUGUUCCUCAGACGGAAGAAAAGGAACACGACGGAGGGGAGGGAUUCAUCCGGCGUCAAGAAGAUUCCCAACGACAAGAUAUUUACGGCCAUCGCCUCAAUGUUCCCAUACAAGGGCACCACUGAGGAGCUGAAAGAAAAGUAUAAGGAUCUCCUGGAGCCCCCGAGCCCUGUCAAGAUGCCCCCUCUGUGCACCCCAAACCUGGAUGGCCCCUUUGCAAAGUCUGUGCAGCGGGAGCAGUCGCUGCAUUCUUUCCACACCCUCUUCUGCAGACGCUGCUUCAAAUACGACUGUUUCUUGCACCCUUUCCAUGCAACACCCAGCGUGUACAAGAGGAAGACCAAAGAGAUCCGGAUGGAAACAGAACCCUGUGGAGAGGACUGCUUCCUGCUGCAGAAAGGGGCUAAAGAGUUUUUGGACCAGAAUAUGUUCCGCUUGCAGAGGUCACGGAAGAGGCGGAAGCAGCAGCAGCAGCAGCAACAACAACAACAACAACAGCAGCGUUCCACUGGCCCCGGUCCUUCUGGGUCUGCAGAGGAAAGUAAAGAUGGUGACAGCGACCAUGAAACAACUUCAUCUUCAGAGGGGAAUUCCAGGUGUCCAACUCCGACCAAACUGCAUGCUGGGGAUGAGGAAGCAGAGCCGCAACCUUGUUGUAUGGUGGAGUGGAGCGGAGCUGAGGAGUCCCUCUUUCGGGUUCUACAUGGAACGUACUUCAACAACUUCUGCUCCAUUGCACGUCUGAUCGGCACCAAGAACUGCAAGGAGGUGUAUGAGUUUGCUGUGAAGGAAGUCCUGAUCCAUCGUGUUCCAGUGGAAGAUGGAGGGAUCUCACCUCAGAAGAAGAAGAGGAAACACAGGUUAUGGGCAAAGAUUCAGCUAAAGAAAGACAAUUCCUCCAAUCAGGUGUACAACUACCAACCAUGUGACCACCCUGACCACCCAUGCGACAGCUCCUGCCCAUGUGUGAUAACUCAAAACUUCUGCGAGAAAUUUUGUCAGUGUGACCACGAAUGUCAGAACCGUUUCCCAGGGUGCAGAUGUAAGACGCAGUGUAACACCAAGCAGUGUCCCUGCUAUCUGGCUGUGAGGGAGUGUGACCCCGAUCUGUGCAUGACCUGCGGCGCCGCAGACCACUGGGACAGCAAAGUGGUCUCCUGCAAGAACUGUAGCAUCCAGAGGGGACUGAAGAAGCACCUGCUCCUGGCUCCCUCUGACGUGGCUGGAUGGGGAACCUUCAUCAAGGAACCGGUGCAGAAGAAUGAGUUCAUCUCGGAGUACUGUGGCGAACUGAUCUCGCAGGACGAGGCAGACAGGCGAGGCCGCAUCUACGAUAAGUACAUGUCCAGCUUCCUCUUCAACCUCAACAACGACUUUGUGGUGGAUGCCACACGGAAAGGAAACAAAAUCCGCUUCGCAAACCAUUCUGUUAACCCCAACUGCUACGCGAAAGUGGUGAUGGUGAAUGGAGACCACCGCAUUGGAAUAUUUGCCAAACGGGCCAUUCUCCAGGGGGAGGAGCUCUUCUUUGACUACAGAUACAGCCAAGCAGAUGCCCUGAAAUAUGUUGGCAUAGAGCGGGAAGUGGAGAUGUCCUAGCUGCACCACCCCUCUUUCCAUGAUGACCCCCCCCAGAACCACCUCAUCUCCGUUUAGCUCUUCAUCAUCCAAGAAGUUUCCAGCACUGACACUCACCACACCUGAACCUAACCGUCUCCAGAGCUCUAAACUAUUAAAAAAUAAAUAAAUAUUACUCCCCAUUGCCUAGCACAGAAAACCCCUUCUCCUUCACAGUUCCUGUACUUAUAGUCUGGCUUUUAUGUUCAGUAACGCUUACACUUAUGCCUAAUGUUGGUCCGUGAAACGCAUGUAUUGUCUUUUUGGGUAUUUAACACAAUAGCAGCAUCGAUAGCAUCACUGGGAUGCAGCUCUGAAACUGUGGUCGCCACAUUUCCACGGUAAAAGUAAUGUGCAUUUAUCUUAGCAGAAAAGAAACCAGACAAGAAACCGACUGACUGAAUGUAACUUGUAGAUGAUGGCGAAGUGAUCUCGACUUUUUUUGUUUCGAUCUUUAAAUCAAGAACACUUCAAUUGGUACGUUGUCAUGUUUACUCGAUUUAUCGAGGCGGGUUUUUAAAAUAAUCUGCUCUGCAAAUAAUGUCUUCCUCUCAAAAGAAAGAAAGUGCCAAAUAAAACCACGCAGGAAUCCGACCGCGCGGUUGGUGUAGCACCACUUUGACAGAUAAAUAAUGGCAACUGUCGCACGGUCAUGAAUAAAAACAAGCAAAAUGUCAUCAGUGUUUGACCAAAAAUUGAAUCCCCCAGAUGUGAAUGUAAAAUGAAUCCAAACUUUUAACUAUUAUUUUUUUUAAUUACUUUUAUUUUUACAGUUUCACUCGCCAUUUGGAAAUGAGAUCUUUGUCAAUAGAAAAGAACAAAAUGGAGUUUACGGCGUUGUACAGUGAAUGCCCAUAUGAUUAAAAAGUUUAACUUUAUACAUUAAA